AUGGUAGAGAAGUCAUUGUGGGUUCGCUGGGUUCAAUGCUAUCUGGUUCGGAAAGGAUCAUUCUGGUCUAUUAAAGAAAAUACUAGUUCGGGAUCAUGGGUCUGGAGGAAGCUACUGAAACUAAGAAGUCUUGCAAAACAGUAUAUAAAGAAGGAAGUGAGAAAUGGAGAGAGUUCAUCUUUUUGGUAUGAUAGCUGGUCAAGAUUUGAUACCUUAAAAGACCUACUUGGAGAACGAGGUCCGCUUGACUUAGGAGUUCCUGAUCACUAUUCUGUUGCUGAGGUUAAAAGAAGCAGAAGGAGGAGUAGAAGGAGAAGAAAUCACAGAGUGGAUAUUCUAAAUCAGAUAGAAGAAGUGAUAAGCAGGCUUGAUAAUGACAGUGAUGAGGACAUUGUAUUAUGGAAGCAUGCAGAAGGAAAAUUCAAAACCAAUUUUUCGACAAGCAAAACCUGGAACCAGAUUCGCAAUGUGAGGCCGGUAUGCACAUGGCAUAAGGGAGUCUGGUUUUCACAAUCAACUCCGAAGUAUGCUUUCACUAUGUGGGUAGCUAUCAAAAGGAGAUUGCAGACAACAGACAGAAUGCAGCAGUGGAAUAGCUCCAUUAACACAACCUGUGUGCUUUGUAAUGAUAUGCCAGAGUCUUGUGCUCAUCUUUUCUUUGGUUGUAGAUACUCUGGGAUGAUUUGGAGGAAGCUUGUGGAGGGUAUGAUGAAAGAUGCGUUUACUGUGGACUGGAGUGAGCUAAUAUCUAUAGUCUCGAAGUCAUGGGUAACACCUAUAAAGACUUUCAUACUCCGAUAUGUAAUGCAGGCCACAGUUUACACAAUUUGGUGGGAGAGAAACGCACGUAGACAUGGGGAGAAGCCAAGAGAUAUUGAUUGCUUGACAAAGCUUGUGGACAAGUAUAUGAGGUUGAAGCUUUUAUCACUAAAGGGUAGGGGAGAUUAUUAUGAAGAUGGUCUGAUAACAUGGUUUGGUGCACAACCAAACUCAUGA